AAGGACUGUUUGGUUCCAAACUCUAGCAAGUCAAGAGUGUUAUGGGACUUUUCCUAACUCUAAAAUGGCUUCAGAAUUUACCUCUAGGUAAUUUGCUUUCUCUCCUGCCACCCUCCUCUUGGACAGGUUGUGUUCUUGGAAUAUUUGAAGACUUAUUCCUGUUCAGUUGUAGGUUUCAUAUUGAAAUGAUUGCUCACCCCAAACAUGUUUUUUGUAAAGACAGUUUGGAUUACCGCCCAAACUCAGGCUUUGUGAGAUUUAUUUUAUUUAUUUCUAUUGUGUGUGUGUGUGUGUGUGUGUGUGUGUGUGUGUGAGAGAGAUUAAUUUUAAAUGAGGUAUGUGGUUCUCGGGAUAGAAAAACUCUAUAAAUAGGAAUUCUGCUCUUAAUCAUAAAUUUUAUAGGGAAAACUGACCCUAAAACUUGGGGUGUCUAAUUCUGUGCCCAAUAAAGGAUCAAUCUGGAGGUUCGUAAGCCUUCGGAGCGCAUGUAAGAUAUUCUGGCUUAACCUCUAAGACUUCAGACUUAUAAGGGUUUGCUCUAGAAACUUCCAGUGGUACCAAGUCCCGUAAACGCUAAUGAUUUAGUACAGUUUAAUUUCUCAUUUUAGUUUGGCAACAGAAGGGAGCAAGCAUAUUUUGUCCACGAUUUGUGUGCUGGUGUGUUGGGCGGGAUGUGCUUUCUAGGAAAGAGCACUGCAUUAGACGUUAGAAAACUUUCCACCGCGCUCUCGGAGAAGAUUAAUCGUGGUGCGUUAAACAGCCGUUCCACUUUUCUUUCAAGUUCUGUUCUUUAGUGAGGCUUCCUUAGUUUUGGAUCACGUUGUACUUCUGGCUCAGAAUGAAAACAUGCUUUUUUUUUCUUAAACAUUGAAUUGAGCAUCACGAAGAAUUUCAUCAGAUGCGUUUCCGUCCAUGUCCUUUUGCCUGCAGCGUGUCUAAUGGGCAUUUUAUUUUUCCAUGUGAGACAGCAGAAGAUAUUAAAAGGUUUUCCAGAAAAGUCACUGUAGCCAAGACUUCUUGAUUUCUAAGCGGUAGCGCUCCUAGGCUGACAGAUGAAGUGACUGGAAGUUUUCUCAUGAUGUUGGCCGCCAGAAGAGCCUUUGGGACUUACUGCUCAAGAUGGCCUCGUGUCAGGUGGAUUCCUGAAGAAACCUGCCAGCUAGCAGAGGGCGGGGAGGAGCCCAGCAGUGAGGUGUGCGUGCCCAAGAACCAUGUCUACACGGGAGUCCUUUAACCCAGAAAGUUAUGAAUUGGACAAGAGCUUCCGGCUAACCAGAUUCACUGAACUGAAGGGCACCGGCUGCAAAGUGCCCCAAGAUGUCCUGCAGAAACUGCUGGAAUCCUUACAAGAGAACCACUUCCAAGAAGAUGAGCAGUUUCUGGGAGCAGUGAUGCCAAGACUUGGCAUUGGAAUGGAUACAUGUGUCAUUCCUUUGAGGCACGGUGGUCUUUCUUUGGUUCAAACCACGGAUUACAUUUAUCCCAUCGUCGAUGAUCCCUACAUGAUGGGCAGGAUAGCAUGUGCCAAUGUCCUCAGCGACCUCUAUGCGAUGGGGGUCACGGAGUGUGACAAUAUGCUGAUGCUCCUUGGAAUCAGUAACAAGAUGACGGACAGGGAAAGGGAUAAAGUGAUGCCCCUAAUUAUACAGGGUUUUAAAGACGCAGCCGAGGAGGCGGGGACGUCUGUGACGGGUGGCCAAACGGUGUUAAAUCCCUGGAUUGUUUUGGGAGGAGUGGCUACAACCGUCUGCCAGCCCAACGAAUUUAUCAUGCCAGAUAAUGCGGUCCCGGGGGACGUGCUUGUGCUGACGAAGCCCUUGGGGACGCAGGUGGCCGUGGCCGUGCACCAGUGGCUGGACAUCCCUGAAAAAUGGAAUAAGAUCAAACUAGUGGUCACCCAAGAAGAUGUGGAGCUGGCGUACCAGGAGGCAAUGAUGAACAUGGCCAGGCUCAACAGAACAGCUGCAGGACUCAUGCACACGUUCAAUGCCCACGCUGCCACCGACAUCACGGGCUUUGGAAUUUUGGGCCACGCACAGAACCUGGCCAAGCAGCAGAGGAAUGAGGUGUCCUUUGUGAUUCACAACCUUCCUGUCUUGGCCAAGAUGGCUGCUGUGAGCAAGGCCUGUGGAAACAUGUUUGGCCUCAUGCAUGGGACCUGCCCGGAGACAUCAGGAGGCCUCCUAAUCUGUUUACCGCGUGAGCAAGCUGCUCGAUUCUGCGCAGAGAUAAAGUCUCCCAAAUACGGGGAAGGUCACCAAGCAUGGAUUAUUGGGAUCGUGGAGAAGGGCAACCGCACAGCCAGAAUCAUAGACAAGCCCCGGAUCAUCGAAGUCGCACCACAGAGGCUUCCUUCUGUCUUAACCCACCAAACAGUAAGGACGGGAUUGCUCUCAUUAAGCACAAGUGCACUGACGGCUCCAGUGUCUGCCUAAGAGAAAAAGCACCCCCGUCCCUGCGAGUUUCUGAAUGCCUCCUGCUUACAGGCACCCAAGCCGUGAGAACAGACCCUCUUCUUGCCAAAGGAACCCACGCCUCGAGAGAGGACACCCCCGGAAGAGGCUUCGCCGUGGACGCGCCCUCCGCCAGGAGCCAGAGGGCAGCUGUUGUGCGGGCAUGACUGGAACUCAAGCCAUACGCGCGGGUGUGCAGGACCUCAAGGGCAGCCUCGGGACUGACACUGAUUGGACGUUUUGUAGGCAUUUAUACAGAUGUUGGUCCUCAAAAGCUACAAACCAGUGGUCUACAAAAUAAAAUGUGUUGGAAACCUCUGAGUAAGGUGAACAUACUGUUGAGCUUUUUUUUUUUUGGAUACACCAGUGAUGACUAGAUCUGAAUUCUUUUUAAUGUUGAUCAUGUGAAUGCUGAGGAUUUCCUUGGUGGUGGGGCUACUAGAGGAAGUGAGCUAAGCAGAUUAUGUACCUGAGGAUAUCAUCUUCGUGAAGAAUCAUGGCUAGAAAAUGCUGGGUACAAGGAGGUCCGUGUAAUUCGUGAUCCCAAGGAGGAAGGACUGGUAAAAAGGGGGGGUUUCCCAGAGAAUAAUGCAGAUGACCCGCACUAGGAUCACUUGGGGAUGCUUGUCACACGCCCUGCCCCGGACCAGCAGAAUCCGGAUUCUGGUGGACUAGGGAAACCAUCUUUCAUAGGCACCCCAAAUGGCCACUUAAGGGAGGUCAGAUCUAAGGGAGUGUCACAAAGGCCGGGGGGCGGGGGGUGAAGGGAGGAGCUGCUUUCACAAUAUGCUUUUAAAGGAAUUUUUCUUUCAAAUUUUGGCCACUCUGUUUAUUGCCAUCGGCGCAGCAAAACACAAGCCAACCCAAGUAUUUUGAAAUUUCCUUGAAAGAUCAAGUGAUUGGAUUUUUGACUUCUUAGCAAAAUCUGUGUAAAUAUCUUCAAAUUUGGUGAAGAGUUAACAGACAAUACUUUGGCUUCCUGGUAGCCCUUUAACACUUCCCGUUGAUCCUGGGUACAGUGAUUUAUUUUCUUUAAGCCCUAGGAUGCAGUUGCAUCCAGAACUACAGCUUGUGAGAAUACACAGAACUGUUUGCUACAGCCUGGAGAGGCUGGGCCCUGGUGAGGUCACCCAUCCCCUCGGGCAAGAGGUCCCUUGCCAAGGAGUAUCAAAGCCUCGCUUGUUACUUGCACAGGCUGUUGAAACAUUUACUGUAAUUCUGUCCAGGAAGAGAAACUGAAAUAUUGUGUAAGCAAUAUGUACUUUUUGGCUAAAUGUUUUUUAAAUCACUUACUAUAUUGUAGUCUCUGACUUCUGCAUGCCUUACGAUGAAUAAACGCGAGUGUUUUUAGUUGUUCUGAUUUUAGAUGUAUGAGCCUGCAGUUUGUCUGAAUUUAGUGUUGCCUUUAAAAAAAGAGUUCUUUCUGAAUUCUAAGUUUUACAGUCUUGCUCUGUAAAGACAGACCAGAAUAGCUAUAUGAUACUAUACUUUUUUUCCAGAAGUAAUAAAGAAAGCAUAGUUAAUGACGCUUCA